AUACUAGAAAAGAUUAACGUAGAUUUGUCCUAAAAACUGUCUCUGAUGUGAAAUCCAUAAUUCAAACUUGGUAACUACACCAACCAACAAGGUUUGUUUAAUUGUAAUCGUCACCAAACAAUGUACAUGACCCCAUGUGGAUCUGUCGGGCCACCCACUUCCCAAAAUUGAAAAAUUCCCAUGCAUUUGGUCUAACUCAGUACGUUUUGGAAGUGUCCUCAAUGGCAUAAUUGAGAAUGAAAUCGGCAGAUUCCUCAUUAGACGGCCACGGAAGGUAAGUGGGGACUCCUUGUUUGUCAUUUUGUUGACAGUAUCAAUGCCAACAACACUUCAAGGUAUCAAACUUAUAAUCAUUAAUUAAUUGUUUAUUGCACCAUUUUAUAUAAUUAAUUAUUUAACAUAUGCAAGUGCCACUUAAUUAGUCUUCACAAAAUCAUUGUAUAACACAAAAUCAUUCUAUAUAUUAUACGUUCAUGCCUCCUUUGGUAUCACCUCCACCACCACCCUUCAGAGGAAGAGCCCAAAAAAAUGCAAGCCAAAACUUAUCAUAGUACAAUCCCACCAAAACUUCCACAGUUGGCGAAGCUACCUCCACCGGGAAAGUACAACAUUUCAAUACCUAGUAAUGUUCCACGAGCCAUAUCAAUCAUUGCGCCACCACCAUCAACUCAUGAAGUUCCAAUCGUGGAUGUAGAUGAUACUGUGACUGCCUUUUGGGACUACCAAUUUCUUUUUGUUUCACAACGUGCAGAAGCCGCUGAACCGAUCAACCUCCGGCUAGUCGAGGGCGAAAUACCGCUUGAUUUUCCAUCCGGAACGUAUUAUCUCACCGGACCGGGGUUAUUCUCCGACGAUCAUGGCUCGACUGUGCACCCUCUAGAUGGUCAUGGCUAUCUAAGAGCAUUCACCAUUGAUGGAUCAAAAGGGCAAGUCAAGUUCACGGCUAGGUACAUUCAAACAGAGGCACAAUCCGAAGAAUGUGACCCGGUGACGGGAGAGUGGCGGUUCACUCACCGAGGACCAUUUUCUAUUUUGAAAGGUGGGAAAAUGGUUGGGAAUACUAAGGUAAUGAAAAAUGUUGCAAAUACUAGUGUGUUAAGGUGGGGUGGUAGGUUAUUUUGUUUGUGGGAAGGUGGUGACCCUUAUGAAAUUGAAACUAGGACGUUGGAUACUGUCGGAAAGUUCGAUGUUAUUAAGGAUGAUCGGAAAAAAAAUUCCGAUGACAGAGGAUUUAAGGUUGAUGUUUGGGAUGUUGCUGCAGAAAUAUUAAAGCCAAUAUUAUAUGGAGUAUUCAACAUGCCACCCAAGAGAUUGUUGUCCCAUUACAAGAUUGAUGCCCGAAGAGGAAGACUUUUGAUCAUGUCAUGUAAUGCAGAAGACAUGUUACUCCCUCGUAGUAAUUUUACAUUUUACGAAUUUGAUUCAAAUUUUAAGUUGUUGCAAAGCCAAGAAUUCAUCAUCUCGGAUCACCUAAUGAUCCAUGAUUGGGCCUUCACCGAUUCUCAUUACAUAUUGUUUGGUAACCGUAUUAAGCUAGACAUUGCAGGAUCAAUGUCAGCAGUCUGCGGUUUAUCACCAAUGAUAUCUGCAUUAACAGUCAAUCCAAGCAAGCCCACAUCUCCUAUAUAUUUGCUUCCCAGAUUGAAAACUAAAGAAAUGAGAGAUUGGAGAAUUCCCAUUGAAGCUCCUUCUCAGUUAUGGGUACUCCAUGUGGGAAAUGCUUUUGAAGAAAAAUAUGAGAAUGGAAAUGUUGAGAUUCAAAUUCAAGCCAGUGGUUGCUCUUAUCAAUGGUUCAAUUUCCAGAAAAUGUUUGGAUAUGAUUGGCGGAGCGGAAAGUUAGAUCCUUCUAUGAUGAAUCUUAAACAAGGGCAAGAAAAGUUAUUACCACACCUAAUCAAGGUGUCUAUAAAUUUGGAGCAAAAUGGGAAUUGCAAGAAGUGUUGUGUAAAUGAUCUGAAUCAAUGGAAUAAAGCAACAGAUUUCCCUACAAUCAAUCAAGAUUUUUGUGGUGGAAAAAAUACUUAUGUUUAUGCAGCAACUACUUCUGGUUUGCGCCAAGCUUUGCCAAAUUUUCCAUUUGAUACAGUAGUAAAGCUGAACACCAAAGACAAGUCCUUGCACAGUACUUGGUCUACUCGUAGGCGAAGAUUCAUCGGUGAACCAAUUUUUAUCCCGAAAGGCAGAGAAGAAGACGAUGGCUAUCUUCUCGUAGUAGAGUAUGCAGUUUCAACCCAAAGGUGCUAUUUGGUUAUUUUGGAUUCCAAACUUAUGGGAGAGAAGAAUGUACUUGUUGCAAGAUUUGAAGUUCCAAGAAAUUUGAAUUUUCCUCUUGGCUUUCAUGGAUUUUGGGCUCCUAGAUAGUUAGCUCGAAACCUAGAUCACAAGUAUUCUUAGUGAUCACAACCACCAACUUGAAGGCAAGGAAGUGAAUAGAUUUCUUGUCCAAUCUCAAUUGAAUAUGUAUUGUUAAAAUUCGCAACUAUAUAGACCUAUAAAUAGUUGGAAAAUGGUCUUAAAAAUGUAAGAUGUAACUCGGAUAUCUUUGAACGAUUUUAAUUUUGACCUAAUUGAAGGUAACUCGGAUAGUCAAA